UAGGCGGCGGCACCACCACAAAGGCCGAGGCGCGCUGUAGCUGCUGGCCAGGGGCGAUUCUCAGCCGCAGCUUCAGCAAGCGCCUUCAGGCGGGACCCUCCAGCCGGGGCAGACUGGAUGCCCAGCACGCCGCCAUCUCCUCUCCUGCGCUUGGUUCCCCUUCUUCCGCUCCGCUCCGCUCUUCCAUUCCCGGGCCGCCUCAGCGUAUGCCCCUGGCGCGCUCCCUGGAGUUUGGCGAUGCCCGUUCCUUUGGCACAGCUGAGCCUGGCGCUGCUGCUGCUGCUGCUGUCGCCCAUGCCGGGGCUGGCGGGGCCAGUUAGCACCUGCGAUGCCAACGGGAGCCUGUACUACGUGGGCGAGUGGUAUUUCCUGGACAGUGACCAUUGUACCCAGUGCGAGUGCACUGCCGAAGGGCCCGCUUGCGCCCGCACGGACUGCACCGCUCUGCCCCCUGCCUGCAUUCACGUCAGCCACUACCCCAGCGACUGCUGCCCACGCUGCGAACGGGUUGGCUGCGAGCACCGUGGACAAGUCUAUGAGUUGGGGCAGCACUUCCAGCCCUCAGAGUGUGAGCAGUGUACCUGUGACCUUGAUGGCAUUGCCCGCUGCCUAGUGGCAGACUGUGCCCCUCCGCCCUGCAUCAACCCCAUCUAUGAGAAGGGCCACUGCUGCCCCACCUGCAAGGAUGGGCCCAACUGCUACGUGGAUGCGAGCCAGCGCCGCGUCAUUCCUGCUGGGGAGAGCAUCUGGGUGGGGCCCUGCACCCGUUGCCGUUGUCACGAUGGCCAGGAUGCUGGCUACUGGGAAGGAAACCGCUUAGCCAAAUGUGAGCGACUACGGGGGUGCCGGGCUACAGCCGGACACCAUGCUUGAGUUACGUUGAACUUUAGGCAGUUCCUCCACCAUUCCUCAAU